AGAUUUCAGCACUCCUCAUACAAUCCUUCCCAAAAAUGGCAGCUCUGGAUGGGGCCUGGUUGCUGUACAAAGCAGCUGGGGGGUCAGGGCAGCGAAAGCUUAAUGUCGUAUCACCUGAGGCAGAGGGAUAUUCGGGAGCCCACCUGGCUAAGAGUUUUCCAGGAUGCCUAAGGCAAAGUGCAUCAACUGUCAGAUCCAUGUACCUGUGCAGCUGCUGUCACUUCACGUUAAAGGGUGUCCGCAAACUGUCGAUGACAGUGACUCAGUUUGUGAAGUUACCAAUGAUCCAUGUGAGAUUUGCCCCAUCUGUAAUGUGCCAUACCCUUUGAAAGACCUGCCUUUACAUGCAAGCUUGUGCGGCGAGGGACCACUUGGUCUUCCUGACCUUGGCAUGGAACCAUGCACAUCCUCUGCAGCUUCUGCAUUUCAGUCAGUGCUUCCAAUGGCUUCCCCUUUGUCACCAGGAACAGAUGCAUGGAAAUCAGUACAAGACCCACAAAAGGCUCUUCAACUCUUUCUGGAGCAACUUAAGCAAGAGGGUGGGAGACAAUCAUCACUUUUUCUGUCACUGGAUGCAACAGAUAAUGAAGAAGAAAGGGAUGGUGCUCUCAUCAGAUUUUACAAAGAAGACCGUGAGAGAAACCAAUGGACAGCUCCUUUCCACUGCAGCAUUAAACCAAGUCCUGCAAGCCAUUAUACAGUAUGGCCCCAUGUAAGCUCUGCAAAUGAUGACAGUGAAGAUGACAUGCCUGAAGAGACACUUACUCUUCUCUCUUCAUUUCUUAGAAGAUUUAUUGAACAGGCGUCCUCUGAAAGUUUAAAGAACCUGAUGAGAUUCUGGGUUGGCUGGGAGGUGCCACCUCAACACCUGAAACUGGAAGUUGUUCAAUCCAGAGGACCAAACCACCUACCAACUGCAGCAACAUGUUCGGAACGUCUGCGUUUGCCAAACCACUACAGGAAGUUUGAAGAGCUCAGGGCUGAUCUUACGGUCUGUCUUCUAUCUGUGGACACUGGGUUUGGCCUUGUUUAAACAGCUGAGUAAACCACCACUUAAAGUAUUCAUUGACUUUAACAGUCAUCCACAUCUAUUAUUAAUAA